AAAAACUGUCUGAGCCUUCAGCCUCAGACAGACUGAGAGUUCCGCCAAGAUCUGCCCUCCGAUGUAGAUCCGACGGCGGGCUAAGUACCCAGCUAUUUUUCCUGAAUAAUAACCGCGGUGGCCAAGCCGACGACUCGGUGCUUCUCCGCUCUCGAAUGAUCGGCGGCGGCGGCGGACGCAGCCGGCGGCGCGGGCGCGCGUCGGCCACCCUGCCCUCGGGCCCCUCCGUGAACCGCACUGAGAGCUCCGUCUCCUGCUGGUACUGUGACUGCAAAAUUUAUGUCUUCAACGACAUGAUAUUCAAUUUGGGGUGGAAACAUGCUAGAUACACCAGAGCAUGGUUUUCCUUAGGAGUUUAUUUCUCUCUCGUUGCUUUAGUUGGUAUAUCUUUGUUGCUAUUGUGGGAUUCAAUUGGUGCAUUAUAUUUUAGACGCGGAUCCAUUAGCGCCUGGUUACCAAAUAUACUGGCUCCCAGCUUCAGCGGAUCAAUAAUGGACACCUCAAUCAUCAUAGCAUCAACAAUCUUAUCUAUUGCUUUUCAUGAAUUUGGACAUGCUAUUGCAGCUGCAAGCGAGGGUGUACAGAUGGAAUAUGUUGCAAUAUUCAUGGCUGUACUUUUUCCUGGGGCAUUAGUUGCUCUGAACUAUGACCUGCUUGAGAAUCUACCCCUCUUUUCAAUGCUUCGGAUAUAUUGCGCGGGAAUUUGGCAUAAUGUUAUAUUUUGUGCAGCAUGCGUGCUGAUGGCAUUAUUACUUCCUUUGGUCCUCUGUCCUCUCUACGUGAGUGGUGAUGGCCUUAUUGUAAUGGGAGUCUCACAAUCAUCUUCUCUGUCAAGGUCAUUGUCUGUUCAUGAUGUUAUCCUGUCUGUGGAUGGUCUGAACAUAAGAAGAACUGACGAUUGGAUGAAAAUGCUGGCUCAAGGCACUGUAGAGAAAACCAGUAGUCAUGAGUUUCUUGGUGGUUCUCAGAGCUAUGGUGCUACUAAUUCUGGCAAAGGUUAUUGUGUCCCCAACUCAUGGAUGGAUGCAAGCAAGAAUCUCUGGCAGAUAAAUGACAAGCUAUCUUGCCCAGAUGAACUGAUAGUGUUUGGGAAAUUUUCCUGUAAUGGCUCCGCGUAUUUUCCUGGGACUGACAAAGUAAGUGACAAGAAACAAACUGAGGACUUGUAUUGCUUGAUUGCAAAAGACGUAGUUAAACUAAAAAAAUGUGGAAAUGGAUGGCGGGGUACAGAAGAUGAUGACAGUAACUGUACCUGUUUGGAGGAGGAGUGCUGCUUGGUACCUGUUCUUACCCCUGGGUUUUCAUGGAUAGAGAUCUCCUACGCCAGGCCAUAUUCUUUGGAGUGUUUACAGAAAGAAGGAAAUUUAUCGUCAUCACAUGCUACAAAUGAUAACUUCGGUCCAAGUCCCUGUGGGGGAACUUUUGUUUAUGUUGGUGAUCUGUCAUCGACAGCAAGUUCUGUUAAGUUAUCCCCCUACAGGCCCCGAUGGGCAUUCUUCCUUCUUAUUGCAGAUGUUCCCUAUAUCUUGGAAAAUUGUUUAAGCUGUUUGCUUCAUGUGUCUGCGGCAUUGGCUGCCGUUAACUGCCUACCGGUAUACUUUCUAGAUGGGGACGCGAUUUUGGAGACUGCCUUACGCUACGUUGCUUGGUUUAACCGGAGACAGCAGCGGGUGAUUAUUAAGGUCUGCCGCUUUCUGUGGACCGUCCUAUCCAUCAUCAUGUUCUCAAGGUUCUUAUAUUCCAUGACAGUAUAUUAUGGCUAAUGUACAACUCCGUAUCAUGGGGUUCUCUCUAAACUAUCCUUGCAAGAAUUCAUUAACAUAGUACCAGUCAGCUGUAUGAGAGAUAUCACAAAACUGGCCUGCAAGAUGCCUCGUUAUGAAACAAUUGCACUCUGACAUUGAUAAAA